GACUGUUUUUCAAAAUACGCAUUUUUAAUUAGUCUCCCUAACACAUAAAAUACACAUUUCAGAUCCCUAUUACAUCAGAAUAGCAUUGAAGCUCAUUGCAUACACAAACGCAAAACAUAUCAAUUAAAAAGUAGUUAGAACCACAUUGUGGAGAGUUAGCCUAAUGCCUGUAGAGAGGUGUUAAACGCACAUCAGUGUUAAAAAAAAAAAAAAGAAAUCUGCUCCUAUAAUCUUUCAGAUUUGAAUGAAUAGUGCAUUAUUGGUCCAAAGUGCUUUUUAAACUAAUCUUUAAUGGAUGGCCUGCAUUUGUUUGUAGUGCAUUAGCUGGAACAUGGUAAGCAGUGCUAACUCACAAACUUACUCGGGCUCUGACAGCACAGCCCCAGAGCGAUCAAUCGAACUGGGCUUUGACUGACUGAUGUGCAACACAAGUCACAUAUAACAAGAUAAAUUGACCUUGCUGCUAUUCUGUCGCUCAUUUGCUUAUCCAUCGCUCCUCGAUUUUUUUUCUUCUUAUUAUUUUCUGUCAGAAUCUCUCCAGCAUUCUCCCAUACAGCGCAUGUAGGCACGCCACAUUAAACAAUUUGAAAAGCCCCCUUUUCCUUUUAACCCGAAUGAUAUUCAAACCUUUGUUCUCUUUUCUCAAAACAUGCAACACAGCCCCCGAGCGUAUUGAUGUUGUCUAUCAAAAGAGAUAAACUUGAACACGUACUAAAGAAACAAUUAAGCCAUAUUAGACCUGCCAUACUAUGACCAAGCAUUUUCAACUAUCAUCUCACUAAGUUUAAGAUUUCUUUGUACUGACAACACCUCAUAUAUUGACUUUCAACUAUAGGUGCGCUCAUACAUUCAGGGAUACAGUGAAGAGAUUAUAUGAUACUAGGAUACCAUAUCCAUUUUAUUUAUAAGAAAAUAGCUUAUAAAGCUAUUCACAUUAGAUUGUUCUACGUUUCUUUCUUAGGUCACAAUUACUAUGUAUCUGUAGUCAUCAGCCCAGGUUAGGUUAGGCUGAAAAGUGACCGUUCGUAGUGUACGUUUCCUCCACAUAUUCUGCAUUGAACGAAUGAAUCCAGACAUUUUCAUGUCUGUUCUGUGGGCAGAGCCGCGCUGUCCUGCCAGAACCGGGCCCAAGCCCACCUUCGUUCUAUUCUGUUGGGCCGAGUUAAACUCAGAGCAGAGACACUCACGCAAGGGGAUCAAACGCACAUAGAUCCUUAGCCCCAUUUCGUCCCUCCUUCCCUCUCUCACAUUUUCCUAAUUCAUCAAACAAUUGUUGUACUAUCUCCGGCUGCCUUUAUUCAUUUGGUCCGUCACUCACUGUGUUAUAUCUUAGUUUUCCCUUUCUCACUAAGUUAGGUGUGAAUUGUGUGGUCCCGGUCUGUAUCAACUAUAUAUGCUGCUCGGUCCAAUUCUGCCGUACCCACAUUCACCGGACCUCAUGACAGGCCUUUGUGAUCGGUCCUUGUCUCAUAGUGCAAACCUUGUAGACUUUCUGACCGCUGUAUUUGAGUCCGAAUUAAGAAUCUCAAAUCUCUCUGAAUAAUAUUUCCUCAAUUGACCACCCGACCUCUAUUUCCUUUCCCUAAAUAUUCUAAGAGUUUAUUUGUGAACAAAUGGACAGUUCAGUGCAGAAGGAAUGUCCCUAGCAAGCUAACGCUGUUAAUAAACAGUGCCAAAUCUGUUCGAGCACAUGUAUUGAUAUGUUGAAGUACAGACACCUAAAGCUGCCAGAAAAAUUGUUUACAAUUCACGCAAAGAGCUAGAAAUGGAUUUUGACUCAAGUGUUACAGAAAGGUUUGUGCGGUCAAAUACCUACAACAGAAAACUGAUGUGCCAAUUCCAGUGAUAAUAGGAUUAAGCGUAGGUGAAAAGUACUCAAAUAAAAGUUAACGCUUAAUGUUUACAGAGUACACCUUCCCUUCAAAGAGGAUUCGCUAGCUACAUUAUUCAGAACUUUGUGCCAGAGGUCAGUUAGGUUCAAACGACUCCGAAGGGUUUGAAACGUUUACACAUUGAUUUUUGUUUACAAGACAAUACUGCCUAUCACAAAGAAAGACAACCCCUACUUGCCAUUUUAGUGAGGUCUGCACAGUAGAGACCACACAAUUAUCAAGAAACUCCAAUCAUUUCCCCUUACCAUUCUGUAAAAUAACACUUUGUUGACUGGUGUUUACAAUCUAUACGUUUUCCAGCAUCCUUAUCAUUCUGUUUUUUUUUUUUUGUGUGCUAAGUUGAAGUUGUCGAGACAAACUUCAAAUAGUCCUUUCACAAGUAUAGCUACAGUAUAGGCCUAAAAUAUAGAAAUAUAUAACCUCAGAGUUGAUAUAAGCUGCUUAUGAACAACAAUAGAUUUGUAUUGAGAGCUUGAGAGAUAUGUUUACAUAAAUACAUACACGUGACACGCCACACUUAUUGCUUGAACAAACAAAAAAAUCACUCAACUAAGUGAAAACCUCCACACUAGUGUAUGUCAUGUACAUGGAAGCACUAACAAAGGAUUAGUUUACUGUAUUUAGGCGGAAGUCCUGAGUGUAAGCCUUUACAUUUUUUACACUUAACACAUAAGUGAAAUUCAAAGAAGGAAGGAGAGGAGAACACUAUCCCUCUUGGAGGAGGACCUCCAUAUUUUAAUUCUUGACGGGCCUUUUAUUUUUUGAAUUGGCUCAGAAACGCUGACAAAAUGAGGCCUAGAACCUACAAAAGGAUGUUCAGCACCUCCCUCAUAUUUUCCCUUGUGUCCGGCCUCGUCCUUUCCGCCGUGACCAUCACCACAGAGCGCCGCUCGUCCUACGGCGGCCCCAGCGGCACCACCCUGUUCCUCCUCACCGGUUUUGGGAACAAACCGAUGCCGCCGCCCCCGGGGGGGCCAAAGGUGGCACCUAAAGCGGCUGAAAUGGAGGACGCUCAGGACGGUGAGCCGAAAGAACCCGAAACGCUCCCAAAGCCCCUCCCCCAAACCAAGCUCCCUCAGAACAUGACGGCAGCUGACGCCCUCAAACCUCCGCUGGGGGCCGCCCAGGUAGCGCCACCCCCCCGGCGCCUGGUGGAUGUGGACGUGUGUCGGGCCUACUACGACGUCAUGGGCCAGUUGGACAACACUUUCAACUGCUCCAAGGGGACCUACAUCUACUGCUGCGGCACCUGCCACUACCGCUACUGUUGUGACCACCAGCGUAGCCGCCUGGACCAGAAGUCAUGUAACAACUACAAGUCGCCCGGGUGGCUCGACACACCGCCGACGAACCCCCCGCCGACGGGGAACCGGGGUGACCCAGACUCGGAGCAGCUGCAGCAGCAGAGCAACAGCACGGCGUACGUGAUCGGCGGGGUGAUCUCCGUCACCCUGGUGGUGGCCGUGGGCAUCAAGGUGGCCUUCCACAAGAUAUCCCGACGACCCCGGAACAGAGACAUCAACAUGCCCAGAGCCCUGGUGGACAUCCUACGGAGUCAGGCCAGCCCAGUCCAACAGGGGGAGAGGAACAACAGCACCGUCCUUACCACCGCCACCACCGGCGACAUCCUCGGUCGUCCCCCCAAGAACCUUUACACCCCGGUGCUCCAGAGCAAAGACAACCGCAUUGGCAACUUGCACCACAAUUUUAUCCAGGUGUCUGGUUCCAGUCCCAAACACUCGGCUACUAUGGAGCGCGUGCCCCGCAUGAACAACGCCCAGCUAGCCUCCACGGGGACCCUCCUCACCAGCAAGCACAACAACAGCUCCGGCCUGCACUUACACCCACAGCCCCCUUUCUCGCACUCCUUCCACAACCUGGCCCAGUUGCCCCCCUCCUACGAGGUGGCCAUGAAACCUGAGAUCAACCGCUACAGCUCCCUGAAGAAGCUCGAGAAAGAUCUGGACGACUACUCUGGCUACCACACAUCAAAGCGACGGCCUAACAACGCCCCUCCGUCAUUCCACUCCUCCCAGCACCACCUCCACUGGGGCGGUGACUACACUCUCGGAGCCAGGGGCACCCUUCCCUUCCACUCCUCCCGGCCACGGAUUCACGUGCCUACAUCCACCCCCAACCCCUACCCUCUGCCAGCCCAGUCGUUGGGGUACCAGCCCGCCUUCGACAAGCCCCCGCGGAGGGUCAUGUCCCAGGACCAGCUCCUGGCACUUGGUGAGGGCAACACCCUCUCCAGACUCUCCAAGAACCAGCAACACCAGUACUACAAGGCUAUGACCAAGAGCUCCACCUCACAGACGCUUCGCAAGUCCCACGAGAGGCUCCUAGUCUCGCCCGACCGUCUGGAGGAGAGGAUGGGGGGCAUGGGCAUGCCAGGGUUGGGUGGUAUGGUGGGUAUGGGGGGCAUGGGUGACUUUGUGGGGAUGGGGGUCCCGACCAUGGGAUGCCUCAGCCACAAAGCCCAAUCACAGCAGAACGUCUGCGUCACACCCUCGCUGGACCGCCAUCACAUGAUCAAGAUGAACUCCCACCCCACAUCGGGCCACGAGCUGGAGAUGAGCGUGGCGGGCCAUCCGGCAGGAAGCUGGGGGGACCCUCAUGGGCACGGAUCAGGGGCCGGGGUAGGACCAGGGAGCGGGGCGGGGACCAUCGGGGGCCACAACGCACGGAGGAUGGCAUUCGCCACCAAGAGGCAGAACACCAUCGAACAGCUCCAAUACAUCCCUGGGGGAGGAGGAGGGGGCCAGACAUUGAGAACGGCUAGUAAGAACGAGGUGACGGUGUGAGAGAGUAGAGACAACGGAGAAGGAGUGAUGAAGGUCGCGUUGAGAAUGUUCGAGCUGAAAGUGUUCACAUAGAAAGAAGAGUAUAAGGAAAGGUCAAUUGGGGCAUGAUGGAGAGAAAGGUGAAUAGAAGGAGAAACAAGAAGAGAGACAUGGGCAAGCUGAUGAGAGAGAGAGAGAAGGAUAUGACGAGGACAGUGCGUCCCAUCAACCGCCUCAGAUGAGUGUGUUGAAGACCAGAGAAGGAAAGACGUGAGAGAAGAGUGGAUGCCAUUGUUACCUGUUGCUAGGAAACACAGAAAAGGGCAAUGAUAGGAAGAAACCAUUGAGAAAAAUUGAAUUAUUAGAGAAGAUUGAAUGAAGCCCAUUGAUUUGAUUCCUGGGAAAGAGAAUAUUCAACUAUAUUGUUGAGGAGGGAGAAAGAAAAAUGGCCAUGUAUAGAGUAAAAAAUGAACAAUUUAAAAAAGUUUUUUGUGCAAUUGAAAAGGAUCCUAGGACAAGAUGGCUUUUACUUGUGGAUCCUGCUUGGGUCAAAAUUAUGAAAUGGUUAUUGAGUUUCUUGUCGUGAAACCUCUAGCUGACAGAGACAAAAAUCCUGUCUUUGAAUCUGAACAGACACAGAUGUCAAUGGAGUACAGAACAAUGUGAUGGUUGUUUGACUUUUGUAAAAAAUACAGGACUGUACAUUUUUUUUGUUUUUUUUGUAAAAGAAUAAAGCCCCGUUGGACAGUAUGUAUAUUCUGUGUGUAUAUGCUAUAGCCUGAUGACUGAAUGACUGACACUGAGUGGACAUUUGAGUUGCCAAUCGUCACUUUCCUAAUUUUGAUUGGAAGAAUUGACAAUAGACAGAUUUGGAGUACUGUUGCUAGAUACCACAAUCUAACACUACAGCCAUAACUUAGUCUGCAGACAUUUUGUAUAAGGUCAUGUAUAAGUUAAUCUCUUGAUUAUGGCUGGAUUUUCUCAGUUAUUAUAAUGAUUUGACACAAACAUCACUUUGCUGAAUCACCUUUGCACCCUCGCCUGAUUGGCUGGCUGGUCGAUGUGACGGCUGUCACUCCCAAAGAGACAUAAGUCACUAAUGAGCAUUUCCACGGCAACGGUCAGUCCCUUCACAGCUCUGAGGUCAGUUUCCAAACUGUAGAGCUGAUUCCAGUUACAUUUAUAGUCACACAGAAAUUCUUUGACACUGUUAUUCGACACACAAUGUCAGUCAUUGUUUUAAGGAGAUAAAGACCACCCGAAAGAAAAAGAAAGGUGACAAAUCUGUUGACCACAUAAGAUGAGAAUGAAAGCUCAGUGAAGUUGUGUUAAAUUUGAGGGACACUGCCAUACAGAGUGGCUAAUGCAAAGGCUUUGUUUAGCUAUACUUGCCCAUGGGUCCCCAAAACCAGUCAAGCUCCUGUUCCAUUGAUGAUACUUUCUGAGCUGUUUACCACAGAUUGUGAGGUAAUAAAUUGAUUUGUCAGUAGUUCAUAUACACUACUCACAGUCUUCUCUGAAUUCCACAUAUUAUUACUGUUUCUGAAACUCCAGCUGUUCACAAUAUUUGGAGACAGGUUGGAAAGGGGGAACAGGGAACAAUGGACGCUUAACACCAAGGGCUAUUCUGAAAACUCUUUUGUGUGUCUGUGGUCUGUACUUUGUUGGCUUUUAAAUUUUUCCGUGUCAAUAUUGGAGACAGUUUGUGUAACACUGCAGAAAUGACAGACAUAUUUUGUAAGUGUGAAGAAAACAGUAAAUUCUGCAAAGCUACUUUGUGCCCUUGUGAGGUUGACAUUGAGUGUGACAAGCCAAUCAUACCAUCAUUUUUUACAUUGCAGGGGUGGAGGUGGACAUGUCAUAUUUAGGUACAUUUGCAAACAUUUGUAACAUUCUUAUUUGUGUGUGUGUUUCACAGUUAUCUGGUUAAAAGAUGGAAGAUGUGGUUGUUACUGUCCAUUUUUAAAAGGGUUGGACUCUCCACUUUGAUUGAAAGGACAAGCAGAUCAUUGUAUUUACUUCAAAUCUUUGUAUAGUAUUUCGGCUCUCCCCUUUAACUGUGAAUGGAUAAAGGCAAAAAUUGAUUGAUGGAACUUUCAGACAACGUUUUUAAAACUACGAUAUGUGUUUGUGUGUUUAUCGUCAUGAUUAUGUUUACUAUAGAUUUACUCUGAUUUAUUAUUAUCACCAUGAUUUUUAGUUAUCCCUAUUGAUUUGUUUUAUUCUCUGUGAAGCUCAAUGUUUCCUGGAUUUUGAAUAUUGAACUUCCUAAUGGAUUUUAACCUUUGUAUUCUUGAUGGAAAAAACCCUGAUGCAAUCAAAGUGAAAAGACAAACCGCAUGAAGAUGUCAAAGCCAGUGUUGAUGAUGUCAUAGUGCUGACAUAUGACGUCAUGGCGUGUAUGUCUAAUGUACAUGCGUCUGUAUUUGCCGUGUGUGUAUUUCAAUGUCUUUUCAGGAAUGAUGAAUCUCACAUUUGAUCUGACUUGGGAUAUUACAAGUAAGACAAUUUGUGUUUUUCAAAAAAUCCACAAACUAUUUAAAACCCAAGGCUAUGAUCUCAUUAUUCAUAUUGGCUUUUUGGAUUCAAAAGCCUAAUAUCACAAAGGACAUGCUUCACAGCUUUCCUUGUUAAGCUACGUUCACCAAAGCAAAUGGAACAACAACAAAAAAUGUUUCUCAAAUUUCAAGUUGCAGAGCAAAAGCUAUAAAAUUACAUUGUUAACAUUUUUGGUAAAAAAAUGUGUGCAUUUCGUUACAAGAUUACAUUUAUGUAACCGGAAUGUCACUCUUUUCAAGAACUUUACUCUUUAUUGUAAAGAAUGAGGAUUUUGCUAGAAUAGUUUGGAGAAUGUAUUGUGGCUUGCCUUGUUGUUUGACAUGAUUAUGGAUAACCAGUUAUAGGACUAGAAUGGCCCGAUGAUUUUUACAGAGAGGAAACGUCAGAUUCCAUAACUAGAAUCUUGUUCAACUAAAAUUAAGAAAGGCUAAAUAUAUUUAUGUCACACGAAGAUUCAAUUAUAUUUUCAAUGUAUGUUUUUAUUGUACAUUUGGAGGUAUACUGAUGUUGUGAUUAUGUUUUAGUUGAGUACGUGCUCAUUAAUCUGUGUGCCUGCAAAUGUACUGUUGAUUAAUGUGUGUGUGUGUGUGUGUGUGUGUGUGUGUGUGUGUGUGUGGAGGUAAGAGGGAGGUUGUGGUAUACAAUGUUUGUUUUUGUGUGUGGCUCGUGGGGUGACAGUUAGUGGCGUGAGGUUUUUUAGAUGGAAGGAGGUGCUUCAUUGGCCCCUAAUUGUAUUGCGGUGUGAGGAGGAGGCGGGGCUACAUUGUAUCCCCCAAGUAAUUUGGCAUACCUCAGAAAAAUGUAUAGGGAUUCAUCUAAUACAUUAUCCCCAUGUCUGUUUCCAAGAAUAUUAAGUGAAGCUCUUACAAGCGUGCAACCCUUAUUUUGGUUAUUGGUCAAUUCUCGCAUUUGUAGAAUCGUACUGUUCAAUUGUUAAUAACAAUUAAAAAAAUAUCCACAAUGA